AUGCCUUACUCAAGUCUCUUCCGUUCGGAAGAGAUGUCUCUCAUUCAACUUUACAUACCACAAGAAACCGCUCAGCUAACUGUAGCGGAGUUGGGAGAGUUGGGUUUAAUCCAAUUUAGAGACGUGCGUAAUUCCGGUUUGCAGUUUUUCACUUCAAAAGACUCCUUAGGCCUGAAUCCCGAUGUCAAUGCGUUUCAACGCGCUUUCGUCAAAGAAAUUAGGCGUUUCGAUGAGAUAGAAAGGCACUUGCGCUUCUUUACUGCUCAAAUUGCAAAAUCGGAAAUCGAGAUACGACCGCUUACUGGUGACGCAUCAAAUGUGCGCAUCCGGAAUGCAAAUGAGAUCGACGACCUUGAAGACAAGAUUAUGGAACAUGAACGGCGCAUCACGCAAAUGAACAGUUCAUACGAGACAUUGAUGAAACAAUAUUUGGAACUGACAGAGGCGAAGCACGUAUUACGCGAGACCGCCGAGUUCUUUAAGAAGGCCGAAUCCCGUCAAGAUGACAUACGCAGCUCUUUUGACGAACCAACAGCUCCUCUACUAGAACCAGAUUCUCUGCAAGACAUCGAGCAAGGAGAACCGUCUUUCCAUCAACUCAAUCUAGGAUUUGUUGCAGGUGUUAUCCCGAGGACGAAAAUGCAAACCUUUGAGCGUAUCCUCUGGCGCGCAUUACGUGGAAAUCUAUAUCUCAAUUAUGCAGAGAUCGACGAACCAAUAACCGACCCAAGUACGGACGAGGUGGUCGAAAAAAAUGUGUUCAUCAUAUUCGCUCACGGAAGAGAACUGUUAAACAAGAUCAGAAAAAUUUCCGAAUCUUUGGGUGCGACUCUUUAUCCCGUAGAUAGCAAUCACGAAAGUAGACGUGAGAAAUUGACAGAAGUUAUGGGAAAGAUAGAAGAUCUCAAUUCAGUUUUACAAAACACCAAAAAUGCCAGAAUUUCGGAAUUAGCCAAGGUCGCAAGUAAUUUGGCCGUAUGGGUUACCAUUGUAAAGAAAGAGAAGGCCAUCUAUCACACCAUGAACCUGUUUAAUUAUGAUGUGAGCCGCAAGUGUUUGAUUGCAGAGGGCUGGUGCCCCAAGAAUGAUAUUGAACAGAUUCAAAAUGCUCUUAGAAAAGUCACCGAAGAGUCAGGUUCAACGGUGCCAUCAAUCCUGAAUGAGCUUCGCACGACAAAAGAACCACCAACGUUCCAACGUGUCAACAAAUUUACCAGCGGAUUCCAAGAAAUAGUGGACGCAUAUGGCGUCGCGAAAUAUCGUGAGGUCAAUCCUGGAUUAUUCACCAUAAUCACCUUCCCGUUCCUGUUCGCUAUAAUGUUUGGUGACUUUGGUCACGGAGCUCUGGUCACCAUUGCAGCGUUAUACUUAAUCAUUCGUGAGAAAUCCUUGGACAAACCGGGAAAGAACGAAAUGUUCGAGAUGUUCUUUGGCGGACGCUACAUAAUCCUACUGAUGGGGUUAUUCUCUAUGUAUACCGGAUUUGUCUAUAAUGACAUGUUUUCCAGGCCGCUUGAACUGUUUUCUUCAGGUUUCAAAUGGAAUUACAACAAUGUCACGGGACAAUACGAAGGGCAUCAGGUUGGAGUGUAUCCUAUAGGUAUCGAUCCGGCUUGGCACGGUUCCGAGAAUUAUUUGGUGUUCACCAAUUCUUACAAGAUGAAGAUGUCUGUGAUUUUGGGUGUCCUUCAAAUGAGUUUUGGUAUCGUCCUCACGGUUUUUAAUUAUACCUACUUCAGGAAAGCAACAAGCAUCUACACAGAGUUCAUUCCUCAGAUGUUAUUCAUGCAAUGUAUAUUCGGAUACUUGGCCUUCACUAUAAUUUAUAAGUGGUCAAUCAACUGGAACGAAAGUGACCAAAGCCCUCCAGGACUACUGAACAUGUUGAUCUACAUGUUUUUACAGCCUGGCACUGUGUCGGAAAAGGAUCAAUUGUACCCUGGACAAGGACUUGUUCAAGCCACACUUCUCAUAAUUGCUUUGACAUGUGUGCCAUUUAUGUUACUCGCAAAACCGUUGAUCCUGAGGCACGAAUACAAGAAAAUUCGGGCCCAAGGUUAUCAUAAUCCCCAGACUGACGCCACCCGUGUAUCAACCGACGAAAAUAAUGAAUAUGGCGGGGCUGUUGUUGCAGAAGUGAUGCUCGAGGAAGAAGAAUUCGAUUUUAGUGAAAUUAUGAUCCACCAGGUGAUACACACCAUAGAAUUUUGCUUGGGUUGCAUCUCAAACACCGCAAGUUACCUCCGAUUGUGGGCUUUAAGUUUGGCUCAUGCCCAACUGUCGGCAGUACUGUGGGAUAUGACACUGAAACCAACACUUGGCAUGAAAGGUGUAUUCGGGAUCAUUGCUAUAGUUAUCGCGGUAACCCUAUGGCUAACCUUGACCAUCGCGAUCCUGUUAUUGAUGGAAGGCUUGUCAGCAUUUUUACACGCCUUACGUCUGCAUUGGGUUGAAUUCAACAACAAAUUCUAUGAGGGAACUGGUAGAAAAUUUGAACCAUUCUCAUUUAGACGAAUAUUGAGAGAACAGGAAGAUUAA